AUGUCGGCAAUGCUGUGCGCUGUAGAUGGAUAUUCAAACUUCUUGGAGGCAAACAUGAUCAAGUUUCUCUACAAAGCCUGGAGCUUCCCUUUACUUCAUUAUCAUGCGCUUUCUUUUCUUCUUCUCAUCUCCUCCAUCAGUGGCGCUCUUUCAGCCCCCCUUCCCUCUACUCAAGCAUUGGCUACAAAUUCCACCCAAAUAGUGCCUCGUCAUGCGCCAGAGGAAUGGCCUCAACUACAUGCACGCGCAAAUUCCCAACGUCAACUUCUCAAUCAAAGGAUACAACAAGGUUGGAGUGCCGCCUAUGUGGCAGAAUUUGGAAAGACACCUCCGGCGUAUUCGUUUGUGUCUCAGGGACCUCUACACGCUCAUCAAUGGAAGGCGUCGAUCACGCUUACCAAAUUGAACGGAGCAACACAGGUAAUUAGUGGGUCAGCAAAUUGGCAUGCCACAAAGGAUGCGGCAAAGGAAGAUGCAGCAACCUCUGCUGUGACCUGGCUGAAUCUUCACUAUCCUUGA